AUGGCGUCCCCAGCUGACAAGAGCGAGGAUCCUUGGAAUGACAAGACCAAGGAAGAGUUCAACAGCAAGAGCAGAAGCAAGUGGCUCGAUCCAUGCCAGGAGGCCGCCUCGAAGAGCAUCAAGUGCCUGAACCGGAACGGCGGCGACAGGACGAUGUGCCAGGACUACUUCGAGGCUUAUAGAGAGUGCAAGAAGACCUGGAUCAACAAGCGCAAGGCUGAGGGUGGUGGCCUGUUCGGCUAA